AGAGGAAGAAGAAGCACCGGAGCGAGCAGAUUGAGGAUGAAAUCAGGGAGCUCCGGGAGCAGCUGCAGGUCAGCCAAUCCCAGCUACAGCUCGAGAGGGAGGCAGAUACCCGCCGCCGCGGCCAGGAACUGGAAAAUUCUCGCAGGAGGGAGGAAGACGUAAGAAAGGAGUUUGAGAGCUGGAAGGAAGAAGAAAGAAAAAAGUUUUUCCAGGAAAUGGAGCGCCUAAGACAGGAGCUCCUGGUGGAGUUUCAGGGUAUUGCUGUGAAGAACCAGUCUAUUGAAGCGAAACUGCAGGAGAUUCAAGUGGGAACUCCAGUGCUGUCGACUGGGACGACAUACCACACUGAGGAUCACACGGAGGAGCUGAGAAACUGGAAGGAGAGAUUUGAGAAGCUG